UUUUUGAUAAAUAAAUUAAAUGAUAGGUGGAGUGUAAUAAAGAUUGAGAAAAUUAGAUAUUUAUCGUAAAUUACCAGCAGAUUUAACAGAGCCAACAACAGCUGGUGCAUUAAUUUCAGUCAUAAGUACAAUAGUGAUAGUUAUACUAUUUAUCACAGAAUUACAAGUAAAGCUUAUUAUUAUAUAUAUUGAUAGGCAUAUAUUGAAGUAGAUAAUAGUAGUGAGAUGUUUGUUGAUAUAAAUCGAGGUGGUGAAUAAAUACGUGUUAAUUUGGAUAUUGAAUUUCAUAAAUUUCCUUGUGACAUUCUAUCUUUAGAUGUUUAAGAUAUAAUGGGAUCUCAUGUUGUAAAUGUUGAAGGUAGAUUAAUAAAAAAGAGAAUAAAGAAUGGGAAAAUAAUAUCUGAAGAAGUUCAUUCAAAUCAUGAAGGACAUGAUCAUCAUGGAUAGCCAUCAAUAGAUUUUGGACGUAUAGAAUAAGCAUUUAAAGAAAAGGAAGGUUGUUAAAUUGCAGGAUAUAUUAUAGUAAACAAAGUACCAGGUAAAGGAAAGUUUAUUAAUUGAUUAGGUAAUUUCCAUGUAUCAGCUCAUGCUUUUGGUGGAAUAUUGCAUUAAGUAUUUUAAAGGAGUUAGAUAACAACAUUAGAUUUAUCACAUACAAUAAAUCAUAUAUCAUUUGGAGAAGAAGAUGAUUUAUAAAAAAUAAAAAAAUAAUUUUAAAAAGGUGUGCUUAAUCCUCUUGAUAAUACAAAGAAAGUAGUAUAAGGAUCAAGCGGAAUGAUGUUUUAAUAUUAUAUAUCUGUUGUACCAACAACUUAUAUUGAUGUAUCAGGAAAUGAAUACUAUGUUCAUUAAUUCACUGCAAAUAGUAAUGAAGUAUAAACUGAUCAUCUUCCAGCAGUUUAUUUUAGGUAUUAUAAUAAAAUAUAAUAAUUAGAUAUGACUUGUCUCCAGUAACAGUUAAGUUUUUGUAAUAUAGGGAAAGCUUCUUACAUUUUUUGGUUUAGAUUUGUGCAAUUUUAGGAGGAGUAUUUACAAUUGCUAGUAUUGUAGAUGGAAUGAUACAUAAAUCAGUAGUUGCUUUACUUAAAAAAUAUGAAAUGGGUAAAUUGAGUUGAAAUAAAUAAAUAUAAUAUAUGUUUAUAGUGA